AAGGUGCCAGGCUAGGGGACUUCAGAUGCUGCUCUUCAGACUGCUCCAACUCUCCCUUACAGACACUUGGUUUUUCCUCUAGUGGGUGAUUUAUUGGUAAGUGGACAACAAUAUAUAAUUACUUCAUGAAUAAUGCACUUAAAACAGCUGAGUAGUAGGCUACCGUCAUAAAUGAACUGUUUAAAAAAUGCUUGUAUUCCAAAGAGCCGAACCGCCAUACCAAAGGUGACUUGAUCAAGCCAUGGUUAGAACAUACCGAGUGGAAAUGUCCUCAAAGACAUACAUCCAUAAUCAUUUAAUUCAAUUAUUCAUUAAUUUAUCCUUCUUAAUAUGGUUUAUAUGCUAUACUUUAUUUAUUAAGUCCUUGUUUGUAUUUGCGCCUGUAUUCACUCUUGUCAUUCAGGUUGUUGCAUCCAUGGUCUUUGGCGAUAUGAAAGAUGACUUGAUUACAUUAUCACCCUAACAGGAUCAUUACCUACUGGUAUAAUGUCACUUACAGAUAGAAUAUCGCCUACUGAUAUAAUGUCACCUACAGAUAUACUGUAAUGUCACCUACAGAUAGAAUAUAAUCUACUGAUAUAAUGUCAUCUACAGAUAUACUGUAAUGUCACCUACAGAUUUAAUGUCACCUACAUAUAGAAUAUCACCGACUGAUAUAAUGUCAUGUACAGAUAGAAUAUCUUCUACUGAUAUAAUGUCACCUACUGAUAUAAUGUCACCUACUGAUAUAAGUGUAAGAAAUUGAGAUCAUCAAUCAAUAAGUAAUCAGUAAUAAAUGAACAAUCAAUUGUUUAAAACAGGAUUUGAAUGUAGUCAUGGAGGCUUAGUCUCUUCUUAACUACACCCGUAUACUUCAGUGAAUGGAACCACCGCACUGAGUUUCUAUGUUAAGUUGUUUAGUUGAAUCAUCAAGGUCAACUCCUUGGUUCCAACAUUGCCACUGGUCCAUGAGGUUUGGAGGAGCCGUGCUCAGAGUGCUCGCUGUAACUGAGAGAUAGUCUCCAGCAGCCUGAGCCCCCAUGCCUGAGGCCUUGAGUCGGAUUGGGUGUUGCAAUUAUUAAUUCAUUGAAUCCUACAUCCAAUGGCAGCUUUACCUUGUAAGAUUUUCAUAACAUUUGAUGUUAUUAUGGACAAUGCAUUAUUUACUUCUUCCUAAUGACUAAUUGACUUACCUUUAACACAUUAACCUUCAACAGAUAAUGCAAUGGCCCUUCCCAAUUGUUGACUUUUUUGCUGUAUAAAAGCAGCCCUUUACUAACAGUAAUCUAUUCACUGCCAAAGCGGCUCGACUUCAGUGUUGCCAUGAAAGCAGCAGUAACCUUAUUGGUGUGUGCUGUAAGCAGUCAGGCCAACUGGCGCCGGCUAUGGGUGAAUGGGACCUGUUAAGUCGCCUGCUGGACCAGGUCCAGACCCACUCCACCGUCAUCGGCAAGGUGUGGCUCACCGUGCUGUUCGUGUUCCGCAUCCUGGUGCUGAGCACCGCCACAGAGAAGGUGUGGGGUGAUGAGCAGUCCGACUUUGUGUGCAACACCAACCAGCCGGGGUGUAAGAACGUGUGCUACGACCACGCCUUCCCCAUAUCACACGUCCGCUUCUGGGUGCUGCAGAUCAUCUCGGUGGCCACGCCAACCCUGGUGUACCUGGGCCACGUCCUCCACGUCAUCCAUGCUGAGCGCAAGGUGAGACUGAAGAUCCAGAGGCAGGCGGAGCUGGACGAGGACGCCCACCUGUUCCUGAAGAAGGGCUACAAGGUCCCCAAGUACAGCCACAGCAACGGCAAGAUCAACCUGCGGGGGAGCAUCCUGCGCAGCUACCUGCUCAACCUUGUGGCCAGGAUCCUGUUGGAGCUGGGCUUCAUCCUGGGCCAGUACUUCCUGUACGGCUUCACACUGCAGGCCCGCUACGUCUGCAGCAUGUCGCCCUGCCCGCACAAGGUGGACUGCUUCCUCUCCAGACCCACGGAGAAGUCCAUGUUCAUAUGGUUCAUGCUGGUGGUGGCCUGCGUGUCUCUCCUCCUCAGCAUUGUGGAGCUGCUUCAUCUGUGUGUGAAAGUGGCGGGCGAGUGCAUAGCUCGGAGGCAAGACUACACCGUCACCCCCGUCACCCCGCCGCUCAUGGAGAGGAAGGCCUUCAAGAACCGAGAGCAGAGGAUCCAGGACCAUUACAACCUGGAGCGCCAGGACAGCAGGGGGCCCGGGGCCGGCAUGGCCAAGGGGGGUGUGGGGGCGGGGCUGAACGGCGUGGCUAAAGGUUCAUGGUCUGAGGACAACAACACGGGGGAAGUCCACAUUUAGAAACUUGUGGAGGUCAAUAGAUGACAGCACUUUUUGCUGGUGUCAUUCUCUGGUCAUUUUCAUGAUUCAAUUUUAUUUCGGUCCCUAAUAGUAUUGUCAGAUCACUCUUUUAGUCUCAGGAUGCUGUUUGAUGUUAAGGGAUGACCUGUCCUAAUCUGGUAACUGAUUGGCUAAUACUUUGCCAGAAUAUUGGUUGUUGUUUGCCAGGUAUCAAAAUAUAUAAGUCAAUAUUUUGCAUUUCUGUGUGUAUAUCAUAACCUACUGGCUGAUAUACUGUAGAUCAAUAUACUGUAGGUCUUACAGACUUUUGAUUUUCAUAUCUGUAGUCUGUACACAUUACAAAAAUAAAUGUGAUUUAUUGGUU